CCUAACGUGGACCUAACCAUAGACAAAUACACGUCAUAACAUUUUUAAAAAUUACCAUAUUUCUUCAAGUUCUUUAUAGUUUAUUUUAACUUCUACGUUUUCUAUUCACUAAUAAAUAAGACAAUGGACUUCUUCAAAACCAUUCCACUCCAUAUGGACUUCGAAGGACAGCACAGGGCCGAAAAACUGUCCAGAAUCAUUAUAACUGUAUUCGGUUUGGUUGGUCUCGUUUGGGGAUACAUUAUUCAGCAGUUCUCCCAAACCGUUUAUAUACUUGCAGCUGGCUUUCUACUAACCAGCAUUCUGACAAUACCUCCCUGGCCCAUGUACCGAAAGAAACCACUAAAAUGGCAACCGGCUAGAGAUAUUGACUCAAACUCCAAAGAUAGUAACAAAGGCAAGAAGAAGAAAUGAAAAUCUGUACUUUCUAUAAUAAAUCCAGCAUUUUUCAACAUAUAUAUUCCUUUUUAUUUGUAUAUUCUAUUAUAAUAAUAGAGUAAUUUAUUUAGA